GACUUGAGAGCCUAUUUCUGUGCGAUUAGUAGCCCAUAGUCUACAAUGGGAAGAGGCUGUGUCAUUAUUUGGCUUAUCAGCCUCGUUUAUUCGUCGAGUGCGUUUAAUUUCACGACUCCUGUGGUAAACUUCAAUGGCAGCAAACUAUUCCUCUCGAUGCCCGGAACGCUGGAAAGUGUCGUUUCCAUUAUGUUUCAAGCGGAAAUUCAAAGAAAGGAUAAGUGCGUAUCCUUUAAUGUUGCCUACGCAACGAAGCAUCCCUGGGAAGUUGAAAUCGAGUUUGAUAAAGAAAUAGAAUCGGAUUUCACUAUCAAAAUUCGGACUAUUGUAGAGGGUGCUGAUAAUAAACUUACGAGUCUGGCAUCAGUGCACAAGAUUAAUGGCAAUAAAUUGACAAAAUUAUCAGACAACAAAACAUUUUCGAAAGAAACAUUGGAGUCUUUACUGUCCAAAUGUAAGCCGCCUUUGAAAAUCGAACCAUUUCAAGAAACUGAAGAUUCUAUAAGUACGAAAAUCAUUCCUGGUCAACUGAUAAUGGAAGAAAGUUUUGACGGAAGUGAGAUUAAGAAUUCAUUAUGGACGCACGAGGUGCGAAACAUGUAUGAAAGUAAUUUUGAGUUUGUUGCAUUCACGAAGGAUCCUAUUAACUCGAAAAUUGACAAUAACAUGUUAAAUAUAACUGUAACAAAGAAAACCAUACCUAGAGAUAAAAAGGACACCUUCAAGGAUUGCACCACCACAGAUGGAGCCUUAAUUUAUUUUGAAUGCGGAACAAAAUCAAAAAAGUGUUUGAAAUCCAUCUCAUAUCAGGAUAAAGCAUAUUGUAAGCCAAAAAUAUUGCAUUAUGACAUGAAUGGCUCUGCCAGCAUACACACCAGAGAAAAGUUUUCCUUUAAAUAUGGACGAAUCGAGUUCAGGGCAUUGUUUCCGAAGGGAGAUUUCAUAUUCCCAAACAUCGGUUUGACACCGAUACACCACGCACCCGAUGAUGGUUAUGCUCCUAAAAUUCGUAUAUACUCGAGAGGAAAUGAGUUGCUGCAGACGAAAAAAUACUUAAGAGACUUCAGCGGAAAAGCUCUUUUUGGCAGUGUUUUACAUUGGGGUAAAUGUGAAUAUAAAUCUGAAGGGUGCGCAUUCGAUAAAUAUGUUUCCAAGGAAAGUCAAACAGAAUUUUCCAAACAUUUUCAUAAUUACACUAUAAUUUGGCGCAAUGAUAAAAUCAUCUACAAGGUUGAUGGCGAAACUUUUGGAAUUAUUACGGAUGAAGUCCUUUUAAAAAAAUUCCAAACACAGUGUUAUCUAACUCUGGGGUUAACAGUCAAUGGUGUGGCAAACUUUGAUGAUGAGGUCUUAAUAAAAGAGCAUAAGAAAUUCCCAAAUGAUCCAAAAAUGGUGAGAAGCUCCAUGCCGUUUCUUCAACAUUGGGACCAGCCCUCGCUAGUUAUUGACUACAUUCGGGUCUAUUCACUUGACGAGAGCGGAUAUUAAAUAUAUUUUUGCAUAGUAACUCGACUCAUGUCCACGUUUAAAUGAUAUUAAUCUUUCCUCAAGAGUAAUAUACUAAUAAUCGUAUAGAUUUGAAAUUCUUUUACUAUGGCAAUACAAAAUUAAGAUUAAACCUUAACUAAAACGUU